GUCCUUGAUAAAUUCGCCAACUCGCGUAUUUUGUUUGCCUUGUGUAACGCUACGGUGCGCUGCUGUCUUGCACCUUUUAUUCAACAUCAAAUUAAAAUCUUUUACAUGCUUCUGAGAAAAAGUCCCGGACGGAAGUUGACAUAUAGAGUAAACAGCUCAGAGUUUCAAAAUACUGCGAGGGGUUUCCUGUGAAAGCGUGCAUGGAUGACACUGAUUGGCACCCUAUAGUUUUCCUACCUGCCCACCCACAUUCACCAUGAGCAUCAUUCAAGACAAGCUAGGCAAUGAAUUCCUGCGUUCCAAUGGGGGAAUGGACUCCAAUUUUGGCCCUGGCAUGAUCAUGUUCAGCCACCUUCCCCCGGUGACCAGCUUCACCCGGCUGGCUGCCCAGUCUGUCAUGCAGGACCUUCCACCGCAAGAGAUGAUCCUCAAGAAGGAGCGGGACUCGCCUGACUGCAGCAUGGCCACCCUGGGUGCCAGUCAGGGGUGUGGGGGGGUGGGAGACUACGUUCACACCAUGGGCAUCAAGCAGGAAAAACUGACAGAGCAUGAUUAUCGUCUGCCGCUGUAUCCCGGAGGCCCUGGAAAGAGCACAGAGCUGCUGGAGGUGACAGUGGGCAACCACCAGAGCCUGCUGGUGCAUGACCUCAGCACAGGCCAACUGCCGAGUCGGUUAGGAAAGGAGUCCACUGGGAGAAAAGGUCGAAGGUCAAAUGGUGAUGGACAGGAGGGGAAGCCAAGAAAGAAACGAAGUGAAGCAAAGUCGAUGCUGGAUGCAGACAGAGGCAGCCUGUCGCCAGGAACCAAGCCGCACAUCUGUGAGCACUGCAGCGCAUCAUUCAGAAGCUCCUAUCACCUACGCAGACAUGUCCUCAUCCACACAGGUGAAAGACCAUUCAGAUGCAGUCAGUGUAACAUGAGCUUCAUUCAGAAGUACCUACUUCAGCGGCAUGAGAAGAUCCACAGCGGAGAGAAGCCCUUCAGCUGUGACCAGUGUAACAUGCGUUUUAUUCAGAAGUACCAUAUGGAGAGGCACAAGAGGACACACAGUGGAGAAAAGCCGUACAGAUGUGAGACCUGCCAACAGUAUUUUUCUAGGACAGACCGAUUGCUUAAGCACAAGCGAACCUGUGGAGAAGCCAUAAUAAAGGGGCUGGAGCCUGGGAUGUUGGACCUGGGCUGUGCAGACAUGGGACAUGGCAGCUAUGGAAUCACUCAGGGAAAUGCUGGGGCUCCUGGCAGAAAGAGGGGUAGGUCUAAAAACUCUGGAGAGGGAGGGGAGCGCAAGAAGAAAAAGGGGACAGGGGGAGCGGCAGCAGGUCAAGUAACCUCACAUAUUCAUGGAUCAGUAUCUGCAGGCUACAGUGUCCAUGAAUACUCUGUGGCAAAUCAAACUGUGUCCUCUACUGAGCCAGGGUCCAGCAUGCACCAGAGCCCCCAUGGCCGAGCUCCAAAGAUGGCAUUCAAGAAGGCCAAUCGUAAGGGCCUCGAUAAGGCAGGACUAGGGCAGGAUAAACCAGACCCCAUGGUGCAAAGUGGGGGCAUGGAUAGCCUCGGCCUCAUGCAGGGUAAUAGGGCUAAAGCAGGCCCCACCAGUAGCAACUACGACGACGCCAUGCAGUUUCUCAAGAAGAGACGCUAUCUUCAUGCAGCAAACAAUGCGCCUGCAUUGGUGGCUGGAGGAACCAGCAGUGAAUAUGACGUUGGCGUUGGACACCUGUCUUCCCAGCAGUCGGUCAUCCAGGGUGUGGUUUCUGGUGUGAUGGACGGUGACACACCUCUGAGUCUGUUGGACACCUCUUCCAUGGGUGUGUACAAGCACGAUAAGUCAGGGAUCCCUGACGAGGUGCUGCAGAGUCUGCUCGACCACUACACCCAGAAACCAGACGGCUCACACCACGAUGUGCACUUUGACAUUAGUGACCAGCAUGUGGAACUGCACCCUCCCUCAGCUGAGGGACCUGACCUCGGCCACAACACUGACACCCCCAGCCCAACUGGAGACAAGACUGUCAUGCACGAAUACUCUCGCUUCCUGCUGCAGGCCUUGGAGCGCACCAGCCACAGUGCCAGCUUCCCUUUGGGCCCUGGGCCUCCUGCCUCUGGACUGUUCACCAGCUCCCACCCGGGCAAUCCCCUCUACUCUGACAAGAACAUCUACACUACUUCCCCUCUGGAGUGCGGGUUUGGCCAGUCGGUGGUCUCGCCCUCGCUGCCCUCCUCCGUGCCAAAGUCUCACUUUGCAAUGCUGACUGGCUCCUCGCCACAGCACAGCUUCCAGCUGAGCAGCCUGGAGCCUUCCACACACCAGCAGCUUACCCCGUCUCAGGAGCUCACUGACCAGAUGGAGAAGCAGCACUCCUCCACGCCCCCUUCCUCCUACCAGAUUAGCCCAUCUGACCUGAGCAGCCAGAAGGACCAGCCGCCAGGCAAGAGUGGCACUGCAGUUUACCCUCUGGCCACGUCGCAGGACCUGGCCUCUCUGGACUCCUCCAAGCCUUCCUACCAGAUUGAGAACUUUGCCCAGGCCUUUGGCUCCCAGUUCAAGUCAGAUGGACGUGGAUUGUCUUAUGGCACUGACUCUAGUGGGGAGGUCGAUCACAGGAUAAGGACACCUGUGUCUGAAUUCUCAGGGUAUAGUAGUUUGUUAGCCGAUGUCAAUGAGCCAGUAAGUACAGGUUCCAAAACCCCAACAAGCCAAAGCUACAGAUGAGGGCCUGGGAGGGUGAGAAUACGCUGUUGUUGUUUUUUGUGCUCCUAUUUUAUUAUUAUUAUUGUUAUUAUUUUUUUAAGUGAUAUUUUUAUUUUAAUUAUUUACUGAUGCUAUGUUUAUAUGCCCCACUCCUCUCCCUAGGAUAGGCCUGUAAGGCCUCCUACAAAUGCAAUUUUUUGUUUUUAGAAUAUCAAUUUUUUAAGUUAAAUAUGUAUUGUCUCUUUAUUCAUUUCAUAUUAGUGUCAUUAGGUCUGCUUGUUAAUCGUCGAAAGUACUUUUUAAGCAAAAGUAGAGUAGCAACAGACUUGUUUCUUUUCCCAUGAGCUGACAUGUUUUAGCAAUCAACUUUACAAUUGUAAAAUAAUAAUGGCUUAACCAUGAUGGCAGGGAAUAGCCCAGAACUGAAAUAGCAAAAAAAAAAGAAGUUAUUGUCUGUUACAAGGUUAAAAGUAUUACUCAGGAAAAAGUGGAAAAGGAGAAGCCUAUUAGGUGCAGUGAGCACUUGUCUCAGAAGUGUAAGCUUGCAACUUAAGAGGGUAUUUUUCUUAUGUUAUAUUCCUUGGUGAAUGAGUGCGACAAUAACAGAUUGCUGCCAGCUCACUUGAACACUGAGAACACUUUCCACUUGGCUAUAUAGAGAUUAUGGUACUUUCUUGUCAAUGUGAAACUUGUCAAUGUUUUCUUCAAUAAGGGCCAUAUAUAUAUCUAUAUUUAUAAGAAUAUAUAUUAUGUAAAAUAACAGAUUUAAUCAUUCUGGGGAACUGCCGGGUGAAGUAGAGGAAGAAAGGGGGACUGAUUAAGGGGGUAAAUGUUGUCCUUGUUAUAUUUUUGGAGAACAAAAGUGAUGUUAGGGCUUUUCUUUGGCCAAUAGAGGUUGCUGUUGGACAGCGAUAGAAUGGCCUUCCCCUUCAUAUCCCCCUCUUCUUCCUCAGUUCUCUUAUUUCUUUAAAAGAAUCCAAUUAGCACUUUGAGCCGUUUAUUACAUUGAAUAAACCCCAUCGGAUCAUGAAAGCUCAAACGCCACAAAUGGACUGGCUUUCGAAAAAGAUGUCUGUUUUUGUUUUUUGAGUUUGGGAAUAUGCAGAUGGGGUUUCUGGGGAUGAACAUGUCUGGAUGGGUUUGGAUAGUAUGGUUUGUAUGGGAUGGUGGGAGGGGGGCAGGGUUUAUAUGCGAAAGUGGGUGGUUGUCAUGGGAUUUUUUUUAUUAACAUUGUCUCUUUUCAUUAUCAUGUUUAGGGAAGGGUUAGAUUGCGGGAGGGGGGCAGUCUUUAAAAACAACAAAAAAAAAAAACUUAAUAUUUAAAUGGGAUAUUGUAAAUGUAAUCCACAGCCCCUAGUUUUAGUUUUAAUUGUUACCCAGUUUAGCAGCUAUGUUUAUUAUUAAGUUCGAUGACCAGUAUGUUAGUGAUUGAGUAUUUCUUCUGUUGUUAAUGAGGCAGCCAUAUAUGCAGAAGAGGCAACUUACUAAAUUGUACAAAACUGUAACUGAGAAUUGAUCAGACCUUUUCAUGUGUGCUGGCAGUACCAAACAUAUUUGUCCCGUUCGGAAAUGGGUGCCUAUUCCUGGGAAAUACAGGUGCAAGACAUUGUCUGAAGAUAUGGAAAGUGUUAGAUGUAACUUCUUGGCUGACCAUACAAUUAUUUUUAAAUGUGUUUAUGCUGUGCGUUUUUUGUAAAUCCAACAAUAAUUGCGCUGUCUUCCAUAGGUAAAAGUAGCCCUUAGUGCUGGAAAUGAUAUCUCUCUGCUGAAUGAGUUUUUAAACCCUUUUACGCCCCAGUGCCCCCUUGUCUUAAGCAAUCAUGAAACAUGGCUGAACGACUGCAAUGUUGCAAUAUCACAGGGGACAGCAAGCAACCACUAGAAUAAUAUGCUGUGUUGAAUGGUUGAGGGGUAAACAAGAACUAGAAUCAUAUACCUCAUAUCACUGCAAACCAGGGACAAAGGAGUGAAGGUUUGAUGUAUGUAGCAGAGAUGCUGUUGUAUGUAAAAAUGUCAUGUUUCUGUGUGACUAUUUUUAAACAUUUGUGAAAAUGACAUUUAUGUGACCCGUUAAGAAGUGUUGUGGCUUAAGGGUUUCUGUAAAUGUCUCUAUGCCAACCAGUGUUCAGUCUACAGUUAGACUCCUGACCUCCCGUCUCCUCCAUGGAUUUUGUUACCUGCCAUGUUGUAUUGGCGCAUGCUUAUUGUUUACAAUAAUGUACAAAACACUACAUCUUAAUUUACUUAAUUUUGACCCCAAUAUAAAUUGCAUAUUUUUUUCUAUUAUCUUUCUUUCCCCCUUUUUUGUGACCACCAAAUUUUGUAGCUGACAUUAUCCACUUUUUUUUUUUUUUUUUCUCAGAUUCUUGUGACAUGUUUCACAAGGCUGUACUUGUCCAAUGAAUUUAAAACUGAUUAGGGAAAAAAAACAAUAAAAUACUGUUAUCAAGA